ACCAGAUGGAGACCCAGACUGUGCAGCAGGAGCUGGAAACCCUUCCAACCACCAAGAUGGCUCAAACCAACCCCAUGCCAGGGUCCGUGGGGCCAUGGAAGAUAACCAUCUAUGACCAGGAGAACUUCCAGGGCAAGAGGAUGGAGUUUACAAGCUCCUGCCCAAAUGUCUCUGAGCGCAGUUUUGAUAAUGUUCGAUCUCUCAAGGUGGAAUGUGGCGCCUGGAUUGGUUAUGAGCAUACCAGCUUCUGUGGGCAACAGUUUAUCCUGGAGAGAGGAGAAUACCCUCGCUGGGAUGCCUGGAGUGGGAGUAAUGCCUACCACAUUGAGCGCCUCAUGUCUUUCCGCCCCAUCUGUUCAGCUAAUCAUAAGGAGUCCAAGAUUACCAUCUUUGAGAAAGAAAACUUUAUUGGACGCCAGUGGGAGAUCUGUGAUGACUACCCCUCCUUACAAGCCAUGGGUUGGUUCAACAACGAAGUUGGUUCCAUGAAGAUACAGUGUGGGGCCUGGGUUUGCUACCAGUAUCCUGGAUACCGUGGCUAUCAGUAUAUCUUGGAAUGUGACCAUCAUGGAGGAGACUAUAAACACUGGAGAGAGUGGGGUUCUCAUGCCCAGACUUCCCAGAUUCAAUCAAUUCGCCGUAUCCAACAGUAGUGGAUAAAAAGCUCCAAGAGAAUUUCUCAAGCAUGAGACCUUGCUAAACAAUCUAGAAUGAGUUUUAUGUUCUACUCAGACAUUGCUUCCAAAUGUUAGCUGCUGAAAUCUACAAUAAAUGUCAUUUAAAAAAAAAAAAAAGUUGCAGGCUGAAUUAACUACCAUGUUUUACAUAAAUUACAGUUAAGUGGGUGAGAAUUUUUAAAGACAAUCUGUAGUAAACCUCAAAUUCCUUUGUAUACUUUAAAGUCACUUACGAGGCCAAGAACAAGUAUUCCCUAUCUCAAAUAACAUUAAACAUAUAACCCAAAUGUAUCAGUCUAUAUAGUGACACACUUUUGGUAAUUGUUUUUGCAUCUUUUCUCCUCAUCCUCUACUCUAAUAACGUUGACGUCUGCAUUUUUUAUCUUGCGACAAAUCGAUGCUAAGCAAACUUAGGAAGUUUCUCAAAUAUGCAUCG